UCUGGUAAAAAGAAAGGAGGAGGCUUAUGCCUAUAUAUUAACAGAAACUGGUGUCAAGAUUUUAAAAUAAUUUACAAAUUCUGUGACAACAAUUUAGAGACUCUAAUUAUCAACUGCAAACCUUACUACUCGCCUCGUGAAUUUUCCUCAUUUCUUCUAAUUGCUGUUUAUGUCCCACCACAAGCCUGUGUAAACAAGGCAUUACGAACUCUAGCUGACCAAAUCAUGGAGGCUGAAGCCAAACACCCUGAUUCACUGGCCAUUGUUUUGGGAGAUCUAAACAAGGCAAACUUAAGGAAAGAGCUACCAAAAUACUUUCAGCAUGUCAAUUGUCCCACCAGAGGCAAGAAUACUCUAGACCACUGCUACACAACACUAAAAGAUGCCUAUCGGUCUUUACCACGUGCAGCUGUAGGACACUCUGAUCAUUGCAUGAUUCACCUUGUACCUGCUUACAGGCAAAGACUUAAAGCCACAAAACCAAUAAUUAAAUCAGUGAAAACCUGGACGGAGGAAUCAGAAUUAAAGCUACAGGCAUGUUUUGACUGCACUGAUUGGAAUAUUUUUAAAGAUACCUCUGCAGACCUGGAUGAACUCACAGAUACUGUAACAUCAUAUGUCAGCUUCUGUGAAGACCUAUGUGUACCUACAAGGAACUUGCGAAUACACAGUAACAACAAACCUUGGUUUACACCUAAACUUAAGCAGCUACGACAUUCCAAAGAGGAAGCCUACAAAAAAGGUGAUAAAAUGCUGUACAAUCAGGCCAGAAAUGCACUAACAAGGGAGAUAAGAGCAGCAAAAAGAAGUUACUCUGAAAAGCUAAAGAAUCAGUUUUCAGCAAAUGAACCAGCAAACAUGUGGAAAACUCUUAAAAAUAUCACCGACUAUGGCAAACCUCCUUCCCAGGCUGAAGGUAAUCAACAACUGGCAGAUGACCUGAAUGAGUUUUACUGCAGGUUUGAAAGGAAACUACAGCCACCUAUCUCCACAACCCCCAUCUCAGACACACCAACAACAGCCAAGCCUCCUACAACUGACCCCAUUUCAUUGGGUUCACAACCCUUAGUGAUCACAUAAAAGGAAGUGCAGGACCAAUUUCACAGACAAAAGCCAGGAAAAGCUCCAGGCCCAGACAAGAUAACUCCUUCUUGCUUAAAAGUCUGUGCUGACCAAUUGGCCCCCAUCUUCACCCAUAUUUUCAAUAAAUCACUAGAGAUGUGCUAUGUUCCUUCUUGCUUCAAACACUCUACCAUCAUCCCAGUGCCGAAGAAGCCCACCAUCAAGGAACUGAAUGACUACAGACCAGUUGCUUUAACAUCUGUAGUCAUGAAAACCUUUGAAAGGCUAGUGCUUUCCUACUUGAAAACCAUCAUGGAUCCGCUGUUAGACCCCUUGCAAUUUGCAUACCGAGCAAAUAGAUCAACAGAUGAUGCUGUUAAUAUGGCUCUGCACUACAUCCUACAACAUCUUGAGUCUCCAAAGA